GGAAGAUCUAAGCUCCUCUGAGCAGCUCAUCAUAUCGAACGGCCAUCGGACGGAGAACCUUGCUUUACUUACUGGUCAUCCACUGUCGUCAGCAGCUUGGAGAGUGUCCUCUCAGACUAUUCCCGCUCAGUUUGUUGCUAAACAGCCGGUCCGUGGCACACAAACCGACAAACAGUCACGUUCUCCCAUGAAGGAAUGCAGCAUUCCACCGGCCGCACCUGCCUUACCGACGACAGAAUCGAUUGCACGUCGAACACCGCAGCCAAAUGGACUCCCACUGGAGGCCACUGCGGAGGAUGUAUCAUCUCCAGCUCUCAUAGCUGCAGUCGAGCACCGUCUAGACGAGACAGAGAAGUCAAAUGUCAUGGCGCACGCUGGCAAAUCCCCCGAGCGAGCAGGAACAAAACCGCAAGCUACAUCAACGGGACAGAAGCCAGCGACAUUAGAAGUUGGCCAUGAAGCGGCGCCACACCAAGCUUCACAGCCCCCAGAGAGUGCCAUGAUUGGUGACAAGCCAGUGCCAAGAGUCGGACAGGCCGUACCUAAUGAGAAGGACAGAAGCGCCACGCCCAGCCGGCCUGAUUUGACGACUUGUCUGGAUGGCGCGGCACCCGCCGCCCCCAUGGUGCCCAAUCCCCCAAUAACACAUUCGUCUGAGCAGCCUACGCCGACAAUGACCAACGGUACCGGGACGAGACCAAGUCACGCCAAUCCCUCGUCCCCUGUGCCCUCGUCAUACUCAAAACAGGCGGCGCGGAACAGUGUGGCUAGGGACACAGCGUCUGUAUCGUCAGCGACGGCAUCGCCGGUCAUGGCGCCGUCCUCCAUUACACGGGCCGAGUUUACGGUACAGAUGUACAACCAUGGAUCGGUGCAGUGGGAAAAGACGAGGCCUGAGGUGGCGAGCAUCAGGGUCGUGGCAGACAAAGGGGUGCUGAGGUCGACAGUGGGCAGCCCGGCGACGAUCGCCAUUGAUCCGAGCCGGCUGCGGACGUUUAUGCGACAGUCGUACGGGGCGGACAACUACCUGAUGGUGCUAGUGCCAGCGGAUAAGGGCGAGGACGCUGUGUACAUAGUGUUUGGGCCGGGGCCGGGCUGCCGAGGGGAGUCUGGCAAGAGGCAGUCGCGGCGGUUCGUGCAGUGGAUGCAGAGCGUGAACGGCAGCAUCGAGGCGGCCGAAGACUGAGUCGACGGGCGCAACUGACUUUGGCAUGAUGGAGACACCUUAAUGCAUUGUGCUCUGUCACGGUUCUCUGGGUAGCCGGGUUGAGGAGGAGUUGGCCCCAGGGAGCACAGUUGUUUGUACAGAUGAAGAUAUACCCAUGGAGUCGUCGUGACCACCGACGCCACCUUAAUCAAGUACGUG